GUCAUUUUGUACGGUCUUCACUCAUUGCGGCACUAGGUGUUUGGAUGGAGUACACUCAGUAUGGCAGAGAUGCUGGAAUUUGGUGCUUUAUGCCCUGAAAAUCUGUAAAAAUUGCAUCAGUUCAAGGUCAAGAUUAUAAAAGAAAGAUGUUGAAAAUCUAUUGAGUAACUUUUUAAGAGCCUCAUCUGGAGAGGAAGAGGGGGCAAAAUGUUGUCUUUAUACAGCAGGAUUUUAAUCCUGUCACUUCUUGCCCAGUGGGCUACAGCAAUGUCCCAGGGUAUGAUGGCAUCAGGGAACCAAUCAACAAUAAGCUUUCCAAGACUGCCCCCAGACUUCAAGGAAAUGGCCAGAAAACUGAUGAUCACAUGCUCCAAGAGAGGUUACCAAGUGCCUGUUUUAAUGGACAAUUCACUGAACAGCUCUUAUUUGAUGGAGAACCCUAUCUCUAUUAUUCCUGAGCUUCUCUCUUCAAUCCCCCAACCCUUCCCCUCUCACUCCACCCUGUAUUCCAAUGAAACUGCAGAUGAGCAGAACCCAAUCUGGAACAUUACAGAGAAGAUAUGGAACUGCACCAACAUGGGCCAUUUGAUCGAGCUCACAAGGGAUAUUCCGGGCAGCCAUAGCUGUUUCAUGCAGGCAUUCGUGGCUCCUCUUUCCUGGAUAGCCAUCGUACAAAAUGGAACAGACUUUGUAAAAGAAGAUCUCGUGAAACUGAUAUGGGCAGCUAAACCAUUCCUAGUAACAAUGCCUCCAUCUAACUUCUCACUGCCACCGAUAUCUCAGAUCUCUCACCUGGCUGAAAUGAUGAAGAUGUUUAGUGAGGUGUUCAACAUUCUCUCUGAGGAACAGAGGAAUGCAAUUAUAGGGUGGGUCAGAGAGAGAGUUGCAGAGAAAGAAUUUGCCUGCCUUCUAAAACCACCUGUUUCCAGUGCUGAGCCUCAUAAAUUACAGAAUGGCAAGCCCACCAUCCUACCAUUCCAAAAAUGUCCUCCUGGAAUGCCUUGGCUGAAAGCUAAGGUGUUGACAAUGAUGGGACCUUUCUUGUCCCGAUUGCCUAUAGAGGAUGUGAAGAACAUCCCUAAAGAAGAGCUGUGUGAGUUUUUUAGGGCCCCUGAUUUCUCUCCAAUAUUUCAUAACAUUAGUGGAAUGCAUCCUGCACUGGGCCGAAAACUUUUUCAACGCUUGAAACAAGAGUGUUCCAGUGGUGAUAAUUUCACCCAAAACAUGGACAGGCUGGGAUCUCUGGCCUGUUUCUAUGAUGAUGCACAGCAUUUGAAUGUGACUCUUAGUAAAAAACUCCUGUAUCAGCUUGACACCUGUGACAACUCUGAAAUAGACAAGGUGAAGAGACAGUUAGUACAGAAGAUAUUGGACAAUAAUGACGGUUCUUAUACUCAAGAGAUAUUGCAGUCUCUGGGCUCUGCUGUGUCUGUUCUUCCUCUUUCCAAGCUAUACCGCUUCACUUCCAAGGACCUGUACACCUCCCUCCCCAGUUUGAGUAAAGCCAAAUGGAACCCGGCUCAAGCAAAAACUCUGGCAAAGAAACUCUUGGGAGAAGAUAAGAAUAUAACUGGUGAGAAGCUGUUGUCUUUGGGCUCAAUGGUGAGAGGGGUGGGUAGUGACUUUCUCAAGAAGGUGAAAGCAGAAGGUUUGCUGGGAAAUCAAGUCCUGGAAUAUUUGAGUGAGAAGAUGUCCUCUCUACAGAAAAAAGCUCUAGUGGAAGCGUUCCGUCGUGAUGUGAAUGCAUCUGAACUGGUAAAGGGAUUGUCAGAUUCUCUGCUGCCUUCUCUGUCUCUCUCCAUGCUGGAAAAAGCAGACCUCAGCUCUGUGGAUCAGCUGGAGGGACGCGGCUGGACUCAUGCUCAAUCUACUUUUCUUUUAAAGAAGAUUUUGGGUAAUAAUAUCAGCCUUAACGAAUUACGGAAGCUGGGUCAGGCUGUGCAGGGUGUCACCUGUGAAAUGAUUGAAAGAGUCAAUCAAAGCAAUGCCUUGGAAAUGGCACAGAUUCUUACCAAAUCCUCUAAGUGGCUCUCCAGGGAUCAGAUGCGCUGUGCAGCUCAAAAACUCUUUGCAAGUCUGGAGGAGCAGAGACCAGGAUAUUUCAGUGACAUCAGGAACUCUGAACUCCAGGCAAUCCCUGCUAUGCUGCUCAUCCAUCUACCAGUGGAGAAGAUUCAAAACCUGUCAGAUGCAGUGUGUUCUGCUUUCAUUGAGAAGAUGAACCAAGUGAAUCUUUCAUGUCUGCCAAACAGUUCUCCAGCAAGAAAUGCACUUACGAGAAGAGCUCUAAGCUGCCUAAGGGCGAAUACAACUGAUCUGUCUGCAUCAGAGGUCUUGUCUCUGGGCCCAUUGGUUUGUGAGUUAAGCCCUGCUUGGAUGUCCUCUCUGAACCCUGUUGCUCUAAACUCCACUCUGCAGGCUCUGGCUUCCUGUCUACAUAUCCGACAACAGUACAGAGAGCAUCUGUUCAGACUGCUCACCGACACCUAUGGGGACCCUUCUUAUUGGUCAGAGGAUGUCAUGAAGGCACUUGGGCCUCUUUUGUUACUUAAUGACACUGCUGUUGAAAAGCUGCCUUCCAAAAGUUGGUUGAAGUCAUAUCUGUCAGAUCUGAUAGGGAGUUUGCCCUGCCAGCCCAUGGUUCCUCCUCCAAAGGAAUUCAGCUCUUGGCUUGAUCUCUCUGCACUUCAACGCAAACUUUUUGAUCUCAAAACGGCGAACGCAGUACAAGGCCGCAGAAAGAGAGAAGUGGUACCCACUCUACAGCCAACACUUCCAGUCAUUGAGGACUUAGGACAGGGGAAUGUAUAUUGGAGUCCCACCCAGUUGUAUAAUAUGUCUGUGCAGACUUUCAAAGACACUAUGCCAACACUAGGAGAGAUAACCAACUAUAGUGCAGAACAGUUGGCUGCACUCAAAUCCAAAGUGUUGGAGGCAUGGGUUAGUGUGACAAUGUUGAAUGAGUCGCAGAUUGUUGAGCUGGGCUGCAUCUCUCAGAGCUUCAGCCCUGAAGAGCUGCGUAACCUCAGUAUCACCUCACUGGAUACUCUAGAGCUACUGACCAUCUGCAACUUUACCCAGGCACAGAGGGCAGCAGUCUGGCAGGCCUUUGAAAAGGGAACUAGAAUAAGUGUGCCUGGACUAGGAGAUCUGGAAAUGGUUGGACUUGGACAGUUUAUCUGUGGUCUACAACUUACCCAGGUUGAUCAGCUCAAUUCUACCCAGUUCCGGGAGGCAGUGGAGGUGGUGGGUCGUGCUCCAUGUCCUAUGAACAUUACAGAGCGCCUAAAGGAAAAAGCAGUGGCUGCUUUUGGAAAGCCAGAAACCUGGAGUGAAGCUCAAGUUGGCAUAAUGGGCAAUAUCAUGGCUGGCCUAAGUACUGUUGAGCUGGGGCGUCUAAAUUCCACCGUCAUGCCAUUCAUUCAGUGGUCUACCAUCCCUCUCAUACCCCCUGAUCGCUUAGCUGCCCUGUCGCUCAACCAGUUGAAGGCUUUGGGUCCUGAUAAUGCUGCCAUGGUAACAGAGGCUCAGCGAGCGGGGCUGAGGGUCGAUCAAAGGGCUGCAGUGGAUGAAGCCGUGGGAGUGAAGACACUGCGUGCUGAAGUCUCUAGUGGAACAUCCACAGCCCCUCUGCCACAAAAAGGAGGGGCACCAGUACAGAGGAUGGCAGAAUAUGUAGUUCUCAUGCAGGCAAUCAUGCUGAUGAUGCUUGGAUACGUUCGAUAAGCAGAGGUUGGGCAUUUCCGGAUGGCAGAUGACUGAUUUAGAUGUUGAUUGAUGUAUGAUCAACCAAAAAACUAUUAGAUUAGCACUUAGCAAUUAAAAAAAAUUGUAUAAUUGCUAUAUUUCAAAAUGUUUAACGCUUAAGUCACUGAUUGCUAUAUUUUUUCUUUGAACUCAGUGAUUAGACUAAAGCCAAAGAUAGUAAGGCGAGAUGGUGGUUUAAUUAAACUGCCAGUCUUCACCUUUAUUUAAUGUCUAUUUUUAGAGAGAAACUGUAUUUGAUAUUAUUGCAGUGUCUAACCCUAAUCUUUUCACAUGCAGGUCUAUUAUUACUUUAUUAAAUGUUUAAGCACUGUGCAUUCUAAAUGUAAACGUAUGUCAAAUGUAGGAGUAAUUUUGUUGUAGGAUAAGAACUCAAGUCUUAUGUAGCAGUUCAAGUUUUUGUUCUUUGCUAACAUUAUUCAAAUCAUAUAUAAACAAAUAAAUAUUAAGUGAAUAAAGGUCUGUCUGUA